AUGUCAUGUAAGUCCAUGAAAAGGCACAAACUGUCUGCAUUGCAGUUCAACUCAUUCAUUAUUGUUAAAUAUGUGACUUUCAAUUAUAAUAUUUAUAAGGCAUUUGCUUCAGAAACUUUCAGCUUGUCUAAUAAGAUUGAAAAGGUCUCAGUCUCGGAAAAGGUCAAUUGUGAGGUCGACACCACAGAACACAAUCUUGUAGUUAAAUCAGGAAAAACCCGAGAAAGAAGAAAAAGAAAAUUUUGA